UCUGAGUUUUCUUUCUUAGCCAAAAUCCAAUCAUGCUUGAAGCAGUGGUUUCGACCUUCUCUCGCGCCUGCCCCUUCCUUCGCCACGGCGGCCACACCGCGCCGUCCGUCCUUCUGCGCUCGAUGACCGCCAGUGCGAUGCCCCAGUGCCCCUACAUGGCGCAGGCGAUGCAGCAGCAGCAGCAGCGCAGCCUGAGCAACAGCAGCAGCACCAGCACCAGCAGCAGCAGCGUGGCUUCUCCUUCGGCCGCAGUGACUGUCUCGUACUCGUCGUGCCCGUCCGCCCUGUCCUCCUCCUCUUCGUCAUCGUCUUCUUCAUCGUCAUCCUCGCCGUGCACGCUCGUUGGCGAUGGCGAUGACUUUCUCGUCAACCACCUCGCAAUGCACAAGCUCGACAAUCCCGCUCUCUGCCCUGUGAUGGGCGAUGUCUGCAUCCGCGCCGCCCGCGCCUCCUCCUCGUCUUCUGGAUUGACUCUCAAGCACCCUCGCGCUGCGUCGCCCAUCAUUGCGCGUGGCAGUGGCAGCGGCGCCUUGGCUGCCUCGUCUUCUUCGUCUUCUUCCAUUGCUUCCGCUUCUGCUUCCGCUGCUGGACUGCACGAUGAUCCUGCGCUCGUCCCCGACCAGGCGUCCACUCCCAUCCCGCUCCCCAUCGACCAACGCGCAAACGCAUUCAACUACUCGGCCUGGUUCCACGACCAAAUCCGCGCAAAGAAGGAAAACCACUCGUACCGCGUCUUCAACAACAUCAAUCGCUUGGCCAAGCACUUCCCGCAGGCCGAAACCCACCUCGUCAAGAACAAGGCCUCGGAGGAGCUCGAGCCAGAGCAAAAGAAGGACGUGACCGUCUGGUGCUCGAACGACUACCUCGGCAUGAGCCGCCACCCGACCGUCCUCAAGGCCAUGCACGACACGCUCGAAACACACGGCGCGGGCUCGGGCGGCACGCGCAACAUUGCCGGCAACGGCUCCUUCCACGAGCGCCUCGAGCGCGAGGUCGCCGAUCUCCACCGCAAGGACGCCGGCCUGGUCUUUUCGUCCUGCUUUGUCGCCAACGACGCCACGCUCUCCAUCCUCGGCUCGAUGAUGCCCGGCUGCGUCAUCUUCUCGGACGAGCUCAACCACGCCUCCAUGAUCCAGGGCAUGCGCAACUCGCGCGCCAAAAAGCUUGUCUUCAAGCACAACAGCGUCGCGCACCUCGAGCAGCUGCUGCAGUCGGUCGACCCCAACGUCCCCAAGAUUGUCGCCUUUGAGAGCGUCUACUCGAUGUCUGGCUCGAUUGCUCCCAUCGGUGAGCUGUGCGACGUUGCGCACCGCUACGGCGCCAUCACGUUUGUCGACGAGGUUCACGCCGUCGGCAUGUACGGCAAGCGAGGUGCUGGUGUCGGCGAGCGCGACGGCGUCAUGGACAAGAUGGACAUUGUCACGGGCACCUUUGCCAAGGGCUUUGGCAUUGUCGGCGGCUACAUUGCCUCCACCGCGCAUCUUGUCGACAUGGUCCGCUCGUACGCGCCCGGCUUUAUCUUCACCACCUCCAUUCCUCCUCUCAUUGCCGCCGGCGCACUGGCCUCGGUUCGCCACCUCAAGAACAGCCAGGUCGAGCGCGCGGGUCAGCAGGCUGCCGCCGCCCUCAUGAAGCGCAAGCUCACGGACGCCCGCUUCCCCGUCCUCAUCUCGCCCAGCCACAUUGUUCCGGUCAUGGUCCGCGACGCCCGUCUCUGCCGCCUCGUGUCUGACAUGCUCAUGUCCCGCCACAGCGUCUACGUGCAGUCCAUCAACCACCCCACCGUCCCUGUCGGCACCGAGCGUCUGCGCAUCACCCCGACCCCACACCACACGGCUGCCAUGAUUGAUGUCUUUGUCGCCCAGCUCACCGACGUCUGGAACAUUCUGGGCCUGCCCUUCAUCACCGCCGAGGAGCACGCCGCCCAGCUCGAGCAAAUCCGCCAGCUGCAGCCGCGCUCGCUUGCCGCCCCGUUCGUCGAGCCCCUGGUUCAGAAAGCGUCUCAGCUUGUCUCUGCCACUGCUUAAAACGCGAGGUGCUGAACUUGUUUGUUUUUUUGGUUUGCCUUGUGGUUUUCGCAAGUGUACUGGAUGUGCAGUUUUUGUUGAUUUUUUUUUUUUUUUCGAUGUUUGUGAUGCGUUCUGCUGUUUUCACCGAGACAUCCUUGUUGGUUUUGUCCCUGACUUUUUUGUUCCUACAAAUAGCAAAACAACCGACGCGUUUU